CCCAGUAAAGCGCUCGUUGCUCACCCGCCUCCUCCCCGAGUUCCUCCAACCCUCCCCAUCCUCCGCCUCCAAUCUUCGCAAACUGUUCGCACUCGCUCUCCCAGAGCGAAGGCCGCUCACGUUCGCUGUCGGUCUCUUGUUGGUCAGUAGUAGCGUGACGAUGAGCAUUCCGUUUACUAUUGGGAAACUGAUCGACUUCUUUUCCAAUCCUGCGAAUAGCACUUUCCUAGGUCUCUCCUUCACCUCCGCCUCCCUCCUUCUCUUCAGCCUCUUCGCCAUCGGAGCCUGUGCAAAUACUGGCCGAGUGAUCCUCAUGCGCACUGCCGGGCAGAGGAUCGUCGCUCGCAUCCGCAAUCGGGCGUACGCUUCCGCCUUGCGCCAGGAAGUCGACUUUGUUGAGCGACAGGGAGGAGGAACUGGGGAUAUCGUCAGCCGCCUUAAUGCGGAUACGUAUAUUGUUGGCGAGUCCGUAACGGGAAACCUGAGCGACGGACUUCGCGCGAUCGUCACCGCUUCCGUGGGCUUGGGACUCAUGUUAUACCUCUCCUCCAAGCUCACACUUGUCAUGCUCGCUGUCGUCCCGCCCAUCUCGAUCGGGGCGGUGUUCUAUGGCAGGUAUUUGAAAAAGUUAUCGAACCAGACGCAAGAAGCUCUAGGGGACAUGUCGCGUGUAGCAGAGGAGACACUAUCAGCAAUUCGUACCGUCCAGGCACACAACGCGUACCCGAUGGAAGAGCUCAGCUUCUCGCGCAAAGUUCAGGCAGUAUUCGACCUCGCUCGGCGUGAAGCGCUCGCCUCGGGUCUAUUCUUCGGCGGCACAGGUUUUUCGGGCAAUGUGACCAUCCUCACUCUGCUUGGGUAUGGAGGAAGCCUUGUCGCGCGCGGAGAGAUCAGCGUAGGAGAACUGACGAGUUUGCUGCUGUACACAGCCUAUGUCGGGGGAGCGCUGAGCAACUUAUCUGGCUUCUUCAGCUCUCUAAUGCGUGGCGUCGGCGCAGGCGAGCGCGUCUUUUCUCUCAUUGACCGGGUCCCUGCGGUCCAUCCUCACGUGGGCGAGCCUUUCCACCCCGCGUUGAGGGGUGUGAUACGUUUCGAGGACGUUGGGUUCGUAUACCCUGCAAGACCGGACGUGCCUGUGUUAAAGGGGUUCAAUAUGGAGCUCCGAACGGGAGAGAGCGUGGCCCUUGUCGGGAAAUCUGGCAGUGGAAAGUCUUCGGUUCAGGCCUUGCUCCUGAGGUACUACGACCCCACCUCAGGCCGGAUCACCUUCAACGGCGUCGACAUCCGCACCUACACGCCAGAGUCCUGGCGCGCUACGAUAGGAUACGUACCCCAAGAACCUGUUCUCUUCUCGGGUACGAUCGCGAGCAACAUCGCCUACGGUGAUGAGGAGGCGACGCGAGAGGACAUUGAGGCUGCGGCCAAGCAGGCCAACUGUGAUUUCGUAGAGGCGUUCCCGAAGGGUUUCGAUACCACUGUUGGGAAGAACAGCCUCUCUGGCGGCCAGCGUCAGCGAAUCGCUAUCGCUCGCGCUCUCUUGCGCAAGCCCGCCAUCCUCUGUCUAGACGAAGCGACGGCCGCCCUUGACGCAGUCUCGGAGUACAGAGUGAACGAUGCUAUCCAACGGAUCAUCUCGAGCAAGAAUACGAGCUCGAUCGUCGUUGCCCAUCGGUUGUCGACCAUCACUACUGCUGAGAGGCUGGUGGUGCUAGAGGAUGGAAAGAUCAGUGAGAGCGGGACGUAUAGGGAACUUGCGUCACGCGAGAAUUCACGGUUCCGUGCACUUAUGGCUGCCCAGCUGGAGGUGGCUACGGGGAAGACACUGGAGGAUGAUGAUGCCACGUCCGAUUCUGAGUUGGAGAACGAGACACUUGUGGAUGAGGAAGAGCCUGAAGAGCACAUUAUUGAUGAUGUGCACGGGAGGGAAAAGGCUGCUGCCGCCAGUGCGCAAUGAGUCAGGCAAGGGUGAUCAUUUGAAGCAAGAAAACUGAAGC